UCUGUGUUUAGGUGUUACAUGUUAGCACUAUAGCUUGACUAAAACAGUUAGAUCUGUGUGUCUAGCACACACAUAUUCAUCAUGUCCUCACAAGAAGAAGGUGCUGCAGAGCAGGACCCUAACACAGAGGAACCAUCCAGCUCUUCCUCCUGUGAGAAUGAUGUCACCACCGGGGACGUCAUCACCGUCACUAUUGGAGCAACCGUGCCCACAGGGUUUGAACACACUGCUGCUGAAGAGGUCAAGGAGAAAAUUGGUGUUGAUACACGAAUCAGCAAAGAUCGUGGCCGUAUAUACUUUCCCAUAACCACUGACAAGCUUUUCCAGGUCCAUCUUCUGAGGUCUGUGGACAACCUUUUUGUUGUGGUUGAGGAAUAUGAUCAUUACCAGUUCAAAGGAUCAAAGGAGGAGACUUUGAUGGAGUUACAGCAGCUUGCCUCCAAACUCCCCUGGACUAAUGCCAUGGAGGUUUGGAAAUUAAAUCGCACCCUUAAAAAAAAGAAAGGAUACCGAAAAGGAGGAAAUGGCACCAAAGUAAAACCGAAUAGCGUGGCUACCAAUGUACUAGUGCCUGACUCUGAGCACCAAGAGCUACCUCAAGAAAUGUCUGCUACUGAGAGCCAGACGAAGGUAGAGAGCACACCGGAUGUGGAGAGCUGCACACAGGAGGCAGAGGAGGCUGCACCUCAAGAAACGUCUGCUACUGAGAGCCAGACGAAGGUAGUGAGGACACCUGAUGUGGAGAGCUGCACACAGGAGGCAGAGGAGGCUGCACCUCAGGACAAAGUCAUCAAGUUCCGUGUGACGUGCAACAGGGCCGGAGACAAGCACAGCUUCUCCUCAAACGAGGCAGCCAGAGACUUUGGUGGGGCUGUGCAAGAAUUCUUCCAGUGGAAAGCAGACAUGACAAAGUUUGACAUAGAGGUGUUACUUAACAUACAUAAUGAAGAGAUGGUGAUCGGCAUCGCGCUCACAGAAGAGAGUCUCCACAGGAGGAACAUCAGUCACUUUGGACCCACUACACUUCGCUCUACCUUGUGCUACGGCAUGCUCAGGCUGUGUAAGCCUCAGCCGUCAGAUGUAAUCCUUGACCCGAUGUGCGGGACUGGAGCUAUACCACUGGAGGGGGCCAUUGAAUUCAACAGUUCAUUCUACAUUGCCGGUGACAACUACGACAUGGCAGUGAACCGCACAGUCAAUAACAUUUGUCACAUUCAGAAACGCAGAGUAGAGAAAGGAAGUCCGUCUGGGUUGCCCAUUGACACGGUGCGUUGGGAUCUGUGCAACUUACCCAUGAGGACCAGCUCUGUUGACAUAAUCAUCACUGACAUGCCCUUUGGGAAGAGAAUGGGCUCUAGGAAGAAGAACUGGGACCUGUACCCGUCCUGUCUCAGAGAGAUGGCCCGUGUGUGCAGACCAGGCACAGGGAAGGCUGUGUUGUUGACGCAGGACAAGAAAUGUUUUUCCAAGGCUAUCUCGAGGAUGGGAGGGCUGUGGAGGAAGCUGCACACUGUUUGGGUCAACGUCGGAGGUUUACAUGCUGGAGUCUACCUUCUUAAGAGGACCGGGGCCGUGUUUGGUCAAACUCCGGAGGACGUCUAUGAAUCACGAGGACCGGUUAACACGCAGGGGGACGGGAAGGAUGUCAAGGAGCUAUUUUAAUUUACAUCCUGCAUUUAAGUUCUGAAUUGAUUUUUCAGGAAAUGUUUGAUUUGCUGUAUUUAUAUUUUCACUGAUUUAAUUUAAUAAUUCAGAUGUGCCGGUCAAACGUGCCAAACUGAGUUUGAUUUCUGUAUUUCUUGUUUGGUUUAAACGUGAGAAAUGGCUAACUUGAGAGGGCAAGCUUUUUUUAAAGUCAGAGGUCAUUUAGAAGCCCCUCACACUGUGUCUGAGUGAGACACUUCAUUUCUCUCAUUGUUGUUAACAACCUUCCAGAAAGAUGUUUCAAUGUACACCUCACACCCAAUGUUUCCACUUUACAUGAAGCGCACAUUGCUUUUUGUUCAUGUCAAUAAAUAUUCAAAUUCAA